AUGGAAGAAAAAGAAACACACGAGGACCAAACUGUAGAAAAGAAACCAAAGAAGAAGCGAAAACUCCAAGAACCCGGUGUCAUCUAUUUGAGUAAAAUACCAGCAUUAAUGAAUGUAAAAACUAUCAAAGACAUUUUUAGUCAAUAUGGCGAAAUAGGAAAGGUCCUCCUCCAACCUAAUGAAAAAGCUCCAAACACAAAAAAAGGACGACUAUUCACAGAGGGAUGGGUGGAGUUUUUGGAUAAGAAAAUUGCAAAACAAGUAGCAGCAAACCUAAAUAAUACCCAGAUUGGAGGAAAAAAGAAAAGCCGUUGGCAUGAAGAGCUAUGGAAUAUAAAAUACCUUCACAGGUUUAAGUGGGCUCAUUUAAAUGAGAGACUUGCGUAUGAAAAAGCUGUGCACAAACAGAGACUUAGGACAGAGAUAGCUCAAGUGAAGCGUGUCGCCAACUUUCACAUUCAAAAUGCCGAGAAGAGACAGAAACAAAGAGCCAUUGAGGAGAGAAAACAGAGACAGGGGAAAAGUGUGGGAGGAGAUAAAGAGGAGGGGGAUUAUGAGAUAUUUCAGAGGGAGACAGAGGAGGAUACUGUGACAAGGAAGAGGAAGUUAGACUCUGUAGGAGAAACAGGCAAAACAGGAAAAAGGAAGAAGGACGAUAUCAAUAAGAAAUCAUUCUUUGCCAGAACUUCCUUAAUAAAAAGUAUAUUUUCAGGAGGUCUAAAUGAAGAUGAUUAAGAUAUCAUCUUUUCAAGAGUAAUAGUGAAAACAAUUCAGUUUUACACUCAUAUAAGUAUUGAAGUAAUGAGAUGUGGGUUUGUUUGGGUUUUUUUUUUUUCAUUUUAAUGGAUACCAGCUUCUUGAGGCAAAAAAAAAAAAUGUUCAUUGUUUGUAAAGAUAAAGAGUCUUUGAUCCUUUUUCUGAAAUUGUGUGAUAUGCACAUCCUUCCUCGAUACUGGGAAAGAUGGUUUACAAUGUUUAUAUAUAGUAAAGAUGGUUACAGUGUUGAUGGUAAAGUGAUCAUUAAGAGUUAUGUAGUACAUGAUCAAAAUCAUUGUUCUUCAAUUUUUUUUUUCAUUUUGAUCCAGUUCAAUUUUGACUUAAUCUUUAAAUAGUUCAGACCUAUAGGGUUGUGUAUUUUGAAGUAUUUCAAAUGGAGCAAAUUUAAAUGGGAAAGUGAAUUAUAGCAGUUACGUUUUAGAGGAGCUUUCACAAAUUAUAGCUGAUACAUAUUCUUAAAUCAUGUUUUUAGAAAGAUAUGUAAUGCUUGCAUCGAAUUUUAUGUGAGGAAAAUAAUUUAAAAAAAUUAAAAAUUAUGUUAAUCAGUAGAUGUAUAUACUUUUUAGGUAAUGUUUAACCUUAAAAAGGCAGUAAAAUUGAAUUUUCAGUUUUUCAAAAGAAGUAGGGCAUAACAUUUCCAAGAACUGAAUUUGCCUGCUGUCAAGAAAAUAAAACGUAAAAAUGUGUAACUUCUAAAAAUUUAAACUUCGGUAAUUUGAUAAUUGUUUGUGGUUUAUUAUUAUUAUUUUUAAGGAAGAAUCUGCCAUUAUCCAAAUUUUACUGGUAUUUGUGGUUCAGUUGGAAAAAAUCCUUAUAAAUCCUACUUAUUGCAAGGGAGGGGGGGAUAACAGAUUACAUGUGAGGAUUUUCAGUGACUUGCCUCUGUUUUAUUUGUUGGUUUUCAAUAAAUAUGUUCAUUGAU